UAAACUAGAGUCAUUACUUCUGGUUCUGGGCAGUCGAUCGGACUAAUGAUCGCUGUCCCAGGUUCCAGUACCACGUAAUCCUGCUCCAUCUAUCAUCAUUUUGAUCGAUUAUUGAUCUAAUCUGAUCUGAUCUGUUAUGUUCAUGUUCAUGUCUCUCCUCCUCCAUCUAUAGAAACUAAAAAGUUCAAGUUGGAACGACCCCGCAGGUUAUAAAAGCCACAAUGGGUUGUGGCAUUUCCAGGUUUGGAAGGAAUAAUCCUGAGGGUGAUGACCUAACUACGGCUUCUCAAAGUAAGCCUCAGCCGCAGCCGGAAGGGGUAAAUUCCGUUAACAGCGUGAAGGAUAAAGAAAGAUCAUCAACGUCGACACCUUCACUGUCACCGGCGCCCGCACCGGCAUCUGCACCGGCACCAGGAUUAGAAAGAGAAGAGAUUGAGAGGAUCAAAGUAAACCUACCCGAAAGUAAGGAGGAUGGAGACGACAACAACAACAAACAAGGUCAUGAAGACGCGGAUGAUAGCAUCUUUAGGUAUCCUCGUUCCCCCAGUUUUAGGGAAUAUUGCACCGACCCUGAAAUUCGAUUUGGGAUCGACAGCGGCCCGGACAAUGAUGAUGAUGAUAAUGAUGAUAUGGAUAGUCGUCGAACAAGUAGGAAGCUUAGCAAAUCAACAAUGUCAUCGCCGAAUACACAAGACAAUCCAGGGUUAAACGGUGAACUAGCAACGGGGGAGGCGAAAGAUGAGGGCAAAGGAAGACCCUCAACGUUUUCAGCAACGGGACUAAAAAUUAGAAAUGUGUUGGGCAGCAAAUGGGGACGGAGCGGCACGCAAGGAAGAUCAUUGAGAUCUUACUUUCAAGUCUCCAGUUGGCACAGACCUGCUUAUUUCACCAAGUCAUCAACAGUAGUUGCAAAAGCCGAAUGAGCGAAGAGGUGCAUGCCUACAUGAUACGUUCUACAUGAAAGCUCGCGCGCACAUAGAGAUGAUGAUCGAUGAACCAGACAGAGAAGACCAGGCAUUGUUCAGGAUCGAUCAGCUAGCUAAUCUAAGCGGUGGCGUACG